UUAUGUGACGGACAGAGAGACAUCUAUUUGCGCUGUAUUUGAAUUUUGAAAAAUAGCAAUGCAACUAGCCAUCAGGUGAAAGUAUCGCGAUAGAUGGUCCAGUGGCUAGAAGGCGAGACCUAUGGGCCGGUCAGACACCCUGCUCACAGCGCGAGGCAGGAGCCGAGCCGUAGCAGCACCCGAACCAUCUGGAAGGAAGCGGAAAUAAACGUCGCUAGCUAGUUCGGGUUUAAGCAAAAACAUACGUAUUUUGUACAUUUACCGCCACUAACGAAACUGUAAAGGGUGGAUUCUAAACAAUAAGGACAUUUGAUCAAGCAAGAACUUUACAUUUCACAGAAACUAGCGGAUAUCUUACUGUGACCUUUAUGUGAGGAUCCAGCCCUAAAGGAACGGGUCAUAGACGGGAGGAGCGACUCGGAGCAAGCAACCGAUCAUUGAAUUCUGGAACUGUGUUUUUAUUUUGACACUGCUGGUCUCCACACAUCAACGACAGGGAAUAUAACAACAUUCACCCUAUCAAGUACCCUAAACCCACGGUUAUACACAGUUGUCCAACAACCAGUACCAUGGAGGCCGUUGCCAAAUACGAUUUCAAUGCCACUGCUGACGACGAGUUAAGUUUUAAACGUGGGGAAGUUCUAAAGGUAUUAAAUGAAGAGUGUGACCAGAACUGGUACAAAGCAGAAUUGAACGGAAAAGACGGCUUCAUCCCCAAGAACUAUAUAGAGAUGAAAGCACAUCCGUGGUUCUUUGGGAAGAUCCCCCGGGCCAAGGCAGAGGAGAUGUUGAACAAACAGAGGCACGACGGGGCCUUUCUCAUCCGAGAGAGUGAAGCGCCAGGGGACUUCUCCCUCUCUGUCAAGUUUGGAAAUGACGUCCAGCACUUCAAAGUCCUGCGUGAUGGGGCAGGGAAGUACUUCCUGUGGGUGGUGAAGUUCAACUCGCUCAACGAGCUGGUGGACUACCACCGCUCCACCUCUGUAUCCCGCAACCAGCAGAUCUUCCUGCGCGACAUUGAGCAGGUCCCCCAGCAUCCCACAUAUGUACAGGCGCUCUUUGACUUUGACCCCCAGGAGGAUGGCGAGCUGGGCUUCCGACGCGGAGACUUCAUCCAGGUCCUGGACAACUCUGACCCUAACUGGUGGAAGGGAGGAUGCCACGGGCAGACGGGCAUGUUCCCCCGCAACUACGUCACACCUGUCAACCGGAACAUGUAAACAAACAUCAACAACCACCCCAUACCCCCCCUCAACCCAUCAAGAAGACAUCAGGAGCGAGAGAGGGAGAAUGCAACAUGGAAUGAAAAAAUUGAGGAGUAGUUCUGUCGAAGGCAUCACCUUGUCGGUGGCAGCUGAGCAAAGCCAACUUUUAACACUGAGAAAGUUCGCCUUCAUAGUGAACGCUUCAGUCAGAACUGAACUGUCAUUGAGGAAAGAAUACAGAGAAACUAAGCAUAGUGCACCGAAAGUGAAGAUAAUGAGAAUGAUUCGAUCCCUAGACUCCCACAGCUGCUUCUGUCCUCUCCUCUACUUCUUUACAUUCUGCGUUUCUUUUCCUUUUUUGCCGCAUGUUUUAAUCACCUAAAUGAAAUACCAAUAAAUCCUAACGCUGUUUUGAAUAAAAAUACAUGUACAAAUAUUUUUUUAAAUGAUUGAAAAAUAAGAAAAAAAUACGGAUGCUAUCUGCAACAAGUUACCAAGUCCAGGAUCAUUGGCACGUGAGCAUUGUACAUCAGCCCUGGGCUACAUAAAUAAAUCACCUACAGUAUAGAGAGAAUCCAUUUUUUAAGAAUAUAUAUUAUAUAUAUUUGUAUGUGUUAUACCAGUCAUCACAAAUUGUAUUGUUUUUUCCAUUUGUAAAUUAUGUUUAAAAAAAAAAAUGUUAGUCUGGAUAAGACCUAGUAGCUCUGGGAUGUGCUGAAUUGUCAGUAUAAUUUUUCCUGGAUUAUUUGAGGGCUCUCAGAUGAUAAAAUGGCAUGAUGAUAUUUAAAACGUGAAAUUAUUUCCUUGUCUGAUAAACGAGAGAAUAGUCUGUUCUUUUUAACAAAACCAAUCCUGUCAGGAAGCUAACGCCGACCAGCGAGUACAGCUAUGUAUGCUGCAUGAGCUGUUGAGCCCUGUAAAAGGCCAGCCA